AUGGCUUUGCGUGGAAGCCAGUAUUCGGCUGCAUACAAGAAGCGCCUUCGCGCGGGCCUUGACGCAGUGCUGAAAUUCAUUGGCCGUUCGCACAAGCGGCUGGUCGCACUUGCUCAGGACUUAGAUCAGCUCGACAGUUUUUUAGAGGACUUCGUCAACUGGGUAUACCGCAAGUGUGGAAGGCAGCAUUUAAGCACCGCCAAACACGGCUUGCUAGCCGUCCAGCACCUUUACCCACAGCACCGCCGGCAUUUGCACCGGGCCUGGCAAAGUGUCCAAGCUUGGGAAGACAUUGUAGAAGUCAAUGUGCGUGUGCCGUUGCCAUUGUCCGUCCUGUGUGCUCUGAUCAUAGCGGCCCGGGCGCAUGCCGGUUGUGAGUCAGGUCGUGAAGCCUUCUUGUGGGAUUGCUUCUCGGUGUGCUUGGAGCUCGCCUUUUUUGGCCUCCUCCGGCCAGGGGAAGUCUUCAAGCUGCGCAAGUGUGAUGUCAGCCUGCCUGAUGCCUUGCUCGUGUCUGGCAUCGGUACAGCUGUCCAUGCCAUCGCUGAGCCAGCGUGCUGUGCGGACGUUGUUGACCCGUGGCCAACGGUAUCUUUUCAGCAUUUCGGGCUCAGAGGAUUCCUCAGCGCUGUCGCUCCCCGCCCUGCUGUAUCGCUAUGGAGAACUUGCUGGCCAAGUGGGGUGAUGGCAUUGAUUCUGCAGGUUGACACCGUGGCAAACGGUUUCGUGACAUACCCGCUACAGCGCUCCGGCGUGUGUCACAGUGCUGUCCUGACCGGGAUUUGUAUCGCUUCGCCCGCAUGUAUGCCGCCACGGAGGCCCUUCAAGACGUGCAGCCUCCCCGCUUUGACAGCAGCGCGGUUGCCUCUCGACCGCCUGGGCAGUUUGCAGUCCUGGGUCAGUCGUGUGUGGGUAGUUCUCCCCUGGCAGCGAGUAUUUCUCAUGCUCCGGCUGGCCGCAGUGUUGUCCCGGCCGCAUACGCACUUCCUGGUCGCACGGCUCCUCACCCGUCUGAUGCAGCAGCUCUUGCGGUAUGCCAUGUCCCUUGUAAUCCACUUAGUGGAAAUAGUGCUGGAAGAGCUCGUCUCCCAAGUGCAGGGUCGCACGGCGCCGGAGCGGUCCGAUCCAACUUGCCCGGCUUGCCAAGGUUUACGGGUGCUAGGAUGCUUGUCUGCCCUCCGCCGCCCCAGCAGCCACCGUGCUGAGGAGUGGGUGCUGGCUGCGAGCUAA